AUGAAGAUGCAUUAUAUGCUGUUACUAUCUGGAUUAUUGCUGAUUUUGAUAAGCCAGCUGGCAGACGACUGCUUUCUAAUGCCUUGAAACACCUGAAAACAAGCAGUCAUACACGAGUUGGGAUUUUGAACAAUCCUUCAUCAAAAAUAAAGGAAGAUAACACAGCCAUUGCAAGAGGAAUUUUGGCUGCUUUUCUAACCCAAAACAACAGCAACUUUAAAAGUUUCCUAAGUAAACUCACUAAGGAAGAGACAGCAAAAUCCAUUGCUGCUGGAACUAAAAUUGCUAAAUUCCUCAUCCCAGGAAUGGAUGACAAUACUUUUGAGAAGAAGUACAACACUUUAGGACUGGAUAUAAUUAAAACCCACCAGAUGUUCUGCCAGGAGGUUCUUAAGCUGCUUCCUGGGCAAAUGGCUGUUAUGAGCAAUGGCAGGGUACUGGGUCCUUUAGAUGAAAAUGAAUUCUAUGCAGAAGACUUCAGUUUGUUGGAAAAAAUAACAUACAGUACCUCAGCAGAGAAGAUUAAAGCUAUUGUCAAAGAGAUGGGAAACAGUAGUAAAAGUGGCAGUGAUUUGAUUAUGAAAAUAGAUGCCCUACUGUCGUCUUUGCCUAAAACAGAGAUGAGACAAGGUGCUGAAUUACUCAAAGAACAGCACAGUGUAGUAAAAGUCAAUCCCCAACAGAAUGAACCAUUCUAUGAUGUUAUUGCUAUUGUGGAUCCAUUGACAAGAGAAGCACAGAAGAUGGCUCAUUUAUUGAUUGUACUCAAAGACAUUAUCAAUGUGAAACUCAGGUUGUUUUUGAACUGCAGAUCUAAGCUGUCAGAAGUGCCACUGAAGAGCUUCUAUCGUUUUGUUCUGGAACCAGAAUUAACUUACGGGAUCAACAAGCACCUUCCUUCUGAACCAAUGGCAAAAUUCCUAGAAUUGCCAGAAUCACCCCUUUUGACUCUAAACAUGAUCACUCCUGAAAGCUGGUUGGUUGAAGCAGUAAACAGUUCCUGUGAUCUCGAUAACAUUCAUUUACAGGAUAUAAAAGGGAUGGUUAUAGCAGAAUAUGAGCUAGAAUAUAUAUUGCUUGAAGGACAUUGCUUUGAUGUGACAACUGGACAACCUCCUCGAGGGUUACAGUUCACUCUGGGCACAAAGGCUAAUCCUGUCAUGGUUGAUACUAUUGUGAUGGCCAACCUGGGGUAUUUUCAGCUGAAGGCAAAUCCAGGUGCUUGGACACUGCGAUUGCGUAAAGGAAGAUCUGAAGAAAUUUAUCAGGUUUUUUCCCAUGAAGGAACAGAUUCAGCAGCUGACCUGGCAGAUGUUACUGUGGUAUUAAACAACUUCAGAAGCAAAAUUAUCAAAGUCCAAGUACAGAAAAAGCCUGAUAAAAUGAAUGAAGAUCUCCUUACUGAUGGAACAGGAAAAAAAGGAAAUCGGGAAUCAGUUACAAGAUUUUCAGAAGAAAUUCCAACAGAAGAGAAGGAAAAGAAAAGUGAUAUUCUUAACAUUUUUUCAGUUGCUUCAGGCCAUUUAUAUGAACGUUUUUUAAGAAUUAUGAUGCUUUCUGUCCUACGUCAUACAAAAACACCAGUUAAAUUUUGGUUUCUGAAGAACUAUCUCUCCCCAACAUUUAAGGAUGUUAUUCCUCACAUGGCUAAAAAGUAUGGUUUCAAGUAUGAGUUAGUACAGUAUAAGUGGCCCCGCUGGCUUUAUCAACAGACAGAAAAACAAAGAAUUAUCUGGGGCUACAAAAUUCUUUUCUUGGAUGUUCUUUUCCCUUUGGCUGUGGAUAAAAUAAUAUUUGUUGAUGCUGAUCAGAUUGUGAGAAGUGACCUAAAAGAACUCCAAGACCUAGAUCUAAAUGGAGCUCCCUAUGGAUACACACCUUUCUGUGACAGCCGUAAAGAAAUGGAUGGAUACCGUUUCUGGAAGUCAGGAUACUGGGCAUCACAUCUUGGGAAAAGGAAGUACCAUAUUAGUGCCUUAUAUGUUGUGGAUCUUAAGAAGUUCAGAAGGAUUGCAGCAGGAGAUAGGCUUCGGGGCCAGUACCAGGCUCUUAGUCAAGAUCCAAACAGUCUGUCAAAUCUAGAUCAGGAUCUUCCCAAUAAUAUGAUUCACCAAGUAGCUAUUAAGUCUCUCCCUCAGGAAUGGCUUUGGUGUGAAACCUGGUGUGAUGAUGAAUCCAAGAAAAAGGCUAAAACGAUAGACUUGUGUAACAAUCCCCAAACCAAAGAACCAAAAUUAAAGGCUGCUGCCCGGAUAGUUCCCGAAUGGGUUGACUAUGACUCCGAGAUACGAACAUUAAUACAGCAAAUUGAAAAAGAGACGAAAAAUCUAACAUCGUUCUUUCAAAAAGGUCUUAAGCACGAUGAACUUUAGCACACCCUAUAAACAGCAACGGUGACAGCCCAGCAGUCUUCUGUGAAAGACUGAAUGGAAGUUAUAGCUGUUACAUUGGCACUAUUUGUAACAUUCUUUAAUGUGAAGUCAAAUAUUUUAUAACUUAUAGUGUUAUUUAAAAAGUUUUAAAUAAAAUACAAAAACAGAAGAGAAAAAUCCACAGGUACUUGAUUUUUUUU